UAUACACUUAAAAUGAAAUAGGUAGAUGUUUUAAAGUUAGUGAAAGCAAGAAGAAACGUUCCAGUACAAUCUAGUGCAGGAAUAGAAAACAAUUCUAUGAAUGACUUUUUAUAAUGACCGAGUCAAACGGAACGCUUGUUCUGAUAUCCAAUAGGAUAAUCAUAUUUUUAGGGAAAUUAGAGAAUUUAUUUCCCCAAAAAUUUGUAUAUUUAUCACUAGUCCUUUUUCCUCGAAGAUGGCUCGAUUGUAUAUUUAAAUUUAAAUUGAAGAUCCUUCAAUGAAAAAAGAUUUUGUAAUUGUAACAAGCAAUUUUUGAAUCGGUGAAUAUGAUUUCUCGAAACGAAAAGUAUAUUCCUUAAAUUCGCGACGUAUGUACAAUUGACUGAAAAAUUACGACAUGAGGAAGGUGCCGAGCAAACGAAAUCUCACGAAAUUACCACGCUUGCAAAAGUUACCGCAGAAACCGUACGGAUUCUGUUGCGAGGAGAAGGAUCAGGAUUCCGAGAAACGCUACGACAUGCGAAACCCGCCGUUCGCGUCAUCCUUGACGAAUGUCGUUCUCGGCAGCGGCGGCCCCGGGAUGAAAUUUCGUGUACAGGACAUUGGUCCGCCACCAUAUCCCAUUCAACGCAGAAUUCUCGAAGCCAAAGGCAGAGCGUACCUGGGACAGUGCAGAAGAUGCCGGGGUCCUCUGCGAUGGUACAUAGAGGAUGAAGUCGCGCUCGCGCGCGAAUUUCUUGCCAAGGAGAAACGAGAUAAUUACAAUGCUAGUAUAAAAAGGAAUUUGAGGCUCGCCAAACAAAAGGGUGACACUCUACACCUUCAAAAUAAAAUGAAUUUUUUUUAUUAAGGAAAAAUAAAUACAUAAAUAAAAUAUAAAAAUAUAAUUUAUUCUUUGAUAAAUACAUGAUAAAAAUUGGGCUUAAAGCCCGUUUGCAACAUAUUAAUUUUAAUUCUAAAAAUGCAAACGCAAUAUGAGGAGUAAA